AUGACCAAUAUGGGGAACGCAUACAAGAUGUGGGUGGAAGGAAGAGAGGUGGAAGGUCGAGCGGAGCAGCUCGCCGUUGAAGACCCCGCGACUGGGGAGAUCUUCGCGCACUGCCAUGCUGCAUCUGCGUCUGAUGUCGAAGAUGUUGUUCAAAUUGCACACAAAGUCUUCAAAUCGGGCGUGUGGUCGAGAGCCCCGCGCCAUGUGCGUGCGGAGACGCUGGACCGAAUUGCAGAACUCCUGACCAAGAAUCUUCCAAGGCUUAUCGCGCUGGAAGUACAGCAGACCGGACGCGCUAUUCGUGAGAUGAAUGCCCAAGUUCCGACUCUUACGAAAUGGUUCAAAUAUUACGCCGCGUUGAUACGAACCGAAGAGCGCUCUGUCCUGCCAACCGUCGGUAAACUACACAAUUGGGUUGACCGGAAGCCGCUCGGUGUAGUCGCGCAGAUUACGCCGUUCAACCACCCAAUGUUGAUUGCUGUCAAGAAGAUUGCACCCGCAUUAGCCGCGGGCAACUCCAUUGUGCUGAAACCAAGCGAGCUGACGCCGCUCACCAGCAUUGAGCUUGGCAAGCUUCUGAAAGAGGCCGGCUUGCCCGACGGCGUUUUUUCAGUGUUGCCAGGCGACGGCAUCACGACCGGAAAGGCUCUUGUGGAGCAUCCGCUCAUCAAGAAAGUCGAUGUUACUGGCGGCACACCAGCAGGACGCGCCAUUGGCGCCAUCGCAGGACGCAACCUGGCACAUUACACCGCCGAACUUGGUGGCAAGGCUCCGCUGAUCGUGUUUGAAAAAGCGCACAUGGAUUUUGCAGUUAACGGCAUUGUGUUCGCAAGCUUCAUAGCUAGUGGCCAGACAUGUGUGGCAGCGACGCGUAUCAUCGUGCAGAACAACAUCAUCGAUCAGGUAGUGGAGAAGCUGAAAGCCAAGGUGCAGAGCAUCGAGAGGCGGAUGGGCUCACCGAAGAAUGUGGAGUCUAUGAUGGGUCCCCUCAUAUCGGCGAAACAGCUCAGCAACGUUGAGACACUAGUCAACGACGCAAAGGAUGCAGGUGUGACGGUUGUCACAGGUGGCCAACGAAUGACUCACAAAUCUUCACUGGACAAUACCGACUUCUCGAAAGGCUACUUCUAUCCACCAACAAUACUGACGGAUAGUACCACAAAGAAGAUUAUCGAUACGCGCAUAUGGAAAGAAGAGGCCUUUGGUCCUGUCAUCAUCGUCGUAGGCUUUGACACGGAAGAAGAGGCCUUGGAGCUUGCGAACGACAGCGAAUUCGGUCUGGGCGCUGCUAUCUGGACGCAAGAUCUUUCGCAAGCCUUCCGCGUGUCGGAAAGCAUCGAGAGUGGCAUCUGCUGGGUUAACACGCAUCAUCGCAACGACCCAAGCUCCCCGUGGGGCGGCAUCAAGAGCUCGGGAGUGGGCAGUGAGAACGGCAUCGAUGCUUACAAUGCUUACACAACAUCGAAGAGUACGAUCAUAAACUAUGCGACUGCGGAAGAAGGACUGGCUAGCGAUGACUGGUUUAGGGAAGGCGCUGGAGAGGUUAGAUAUGGAUGA